GACUACUGCAAUUUCUUUGUGACUGGAUCUAUCCAAUUAAAAAAUUGAAGAAAUUAAAUAGUUAAGCUUCAAGGUCAGUCUAUAAAUAUCAUCUUAAUUCUCACUUGUUUCCACACCUCAAACACUCUGUUAAAUCUUCUUUUUCUCUCUGUUUAUCUUCAUUAAAUUCGAAUCAUGGGUGUUAUCACUUAUGAAAUGGAGGUCGCUACCUCAAUCCCCCCAGCCAAGAUGUUCAAGGCCUUUGUUCUUGAUGCUGACAACCUUUUCCCCAAGGUUGUGCCACAGGCAAUCAAGAGCUCUGAGCUUAUUGAAGGAGAUGGUGGCCCUGGAAGUAUCAAGAAGAUCACUUUUGGUGAAGGCAGCCAAUUCAAGUAUGUGAAACACAAGGUUGAAGGAAUAGACAAAGAGAAUUUCUCAUACAGUUACAGUGUAAUCGAAGGUGAUAUUUUGAUGGACACAUUUGAGAAAAUCAGUUAUGAGACCAAGUUCAUUGCAGCACCAGGUGGAGGAUCAAUUUGCAAGAGCAGCAGCAAGUACUAUACCAUUGGUGACAUUGAUAUCAAUGAAGAUCAAAUUAAGGCUGGCAAAGAAAGGGCCUCCGGAAUGUACAAGGCUGUCGAAGCUUACCUCUUGGCAAAUCCUGAUCUCCACAACUAGGUUGAUCCUGCUUGAUAUGUCCUUCAUGUCAUCUCUGUUUUAAUGGUGUGAUUUUGAUAUAUCUUUUCUCUCUUGGCCAAAAUUGUCUUUGGUUGUCUAAUAAGAGUGGUGGUCUCUGGCAGUGAUCAUCUGUAUUUUCAUUAUAAUUAAAGAGUUUGUAUUGCAUUAUCUUUGAUAUACAAAGUAAAAUCAAGGUUUGGGUUCACCUGCAAUAUUAAUUGAUAUUUAUUU